GCUGUUUCUUUGAGAGGCGCCGAGCGCCCGAGCCAAAACAUUGCACGCGGGCGCCGGCCUGGGCCUUGCCUUGCCUGUAUAUAAUACCCGCGGCCCCGCGCCGCCCACCGUGCCCCUGCGGAGCAGCAGGCAGUACGUCGGCGUCCCCUCACGGCGGGUCGGCGGCACCGCUCGUGCUCGGCUCCGGCAAGCGUUCGCUUCCUUCCCGGAGGUGCAGCGAUGGCCGCGGACGCCGCCGGCCCAGAGCGAUACGGGUGCGUGCACUACAGGAGGAAAUGCAAGAUACGGGCGCCGUGCUGCGGCGAGGUAUUUGAUUGCAGGCACUGCCACAACGAAGCCAAGGAUUCAUUGGAGGUCAGUAUCCACGGCCGCCACGUGGUUCCACGUCACGAGAUCAAGCUGGUUAUCUGCUCUCUCUGCAACAAAGAACAGGAUGUACAGCAAGACUGUUCAAAUUGUGGAGCAUGUCUUGGUAAAUACUUCUGCGCAAAAUGCAACUUGUUUGAUGAUGACGUAAGCUCAGAAUUUGAAUUCUCUCAAGUUGAUGAAACCAGAAACUGUUUUCAAUACAGCAGUUCAGAAGUAUUUCUUUCUUGUUUUCUCCUAUUUGUGUUGUGUUCCCUGGUAUUUCAGGUAUCAAAGAACCAGUUUCAUUGUGAUGGAUGUGGCAUAUGUAGGACUGGUGGUAUAGAGAAUUUCUAUCAUUGUGAUAAAUGUGGAUGCUGCUAUACCUAUCUUCUGAAGGAUUCUCAUCUGUGCGUCGACAGAGCAAUGCAUCAAAACUGCCCUGUAUGCUUUGAGUAUCUAUUCGAGUCGACGAAAGCUGUCAGCGUGCUUCAUUGUGGACACACGAUUCAUCUGCAAUGCCUGUACGAGAUGAGAGCUCACCAGCAGUUCUCGUGCCCAGUUUGCCUGAGGUCUUCUUGUGACAUGUCUGCCAUGUGGCAGAAGCUUGAUCAAGAGGUUGCAGCCUCCUCGAUGCCUGCAAUCUGUCAGAAGAAGAUGGUAAGGUCACUUCCUUCUUCAGAAUUCAGAAUAUGGAUCCUCUGCAACGAUUGUGGAAUGACAUCGAACGUGCAGUUCCACAUCUUGGCGCACAAGUGCCCUGGAUGCAGCUCCUACAACACCCGGCAGACGAGGGGCGAUAAAGCUGAAUGCUCCAGAGUCUGAAGCCGGUAGCAAAUAAACCGUGCUGCGCAGAGGCUCGUGUGAUCGAUAAGCUGUAGGCCUGUAGAAAUUGGGGCAAAAAAUGCAGACAGUGUUCAUUGGCUCUCCUCGCAGCUAGUGUGUUCUUUUGUGACGGAGGGGUAAUAACGAUGCUGUGAUUGCUCAUCGUCGAGGAAGAAAGAUGCCCCUACCAGGAUUGCAGCUGCUCA